GCUUUGUGUUUUACACAGACUUGUGCGUAUUUAUUAAUUGGAUUUUAAAAAAUAAUUUGUAUUCAGGUAUCUACGUGGUUCGCCAACGCACGACGACGUUUGAAGAAAGAGAACAAAAUGACCUGGUCUCCCAGGAACAAGCCAGGGGAGCAGGAUGACGACGACGAUGAUGACGACAACAGCAAGGAGAAAACAGAGAAUGCAAACAACAGUGAUGACGACAGCGAAAACGGGAAGACAAACAGGGAGGAACAGCACAGCACUGACAGGGAUCCUUCACGGCCCAGUGAAAUCACCGAGCCGUCAACGAGCGCCACCUCCAUGCACGCCGGCCGGAUGUACGACCCCGGCCCCGAGCCCCCACACCCGCCUCACAGCCACCUCCAAGGACCCGCACACAGCAGUGACCUCAGCAUGCCGCGCCGACCUCAGAGCUUCGGGAACCCCCACAUGGCCUCAUCCGGUACCCCUCCGAGUUUCCUCAACAUGCCGGCCCCUUCCCAAGUUCAAGGUUACUCCGGCCCCAGCUCCGGAGCCGUGACGUCACAAAACGGAGCCAUGGUGCCUCCUCACAUGGAGGGUCCCGCCUCGGGAUCUCUCAAGCGGCCGGAUUCUCUGUGCUCCAACAGUAACGACUCCGGUCUAAGUGACGUCAAUUGUACCUACUCUGAGCAGACGCUUGACGGUCUUCGCCCGAAAAUCUGGUCUCUGGCUCAUGUAGCCACGUCGGAACCCGGCUACAUGAACCACGCCGUUACCCCCAGCGGCAACAGCAGCAGCAGCAGCAGCAACAGCAACGUGAACAACAGCCUAUCUCGUAAUCUGAGCUCACACCCAAGAGGACUUAUCGGUGGACCCAUGCCUACAGGAGGCAUGGGUCAAGGUCAUAUGCCCCCAAGCAUGCUGGCAGGCUCUAUGGGUCUCACUGACAAUACUCACCUCUCCUCCGUUCCACCACCACCCUCCUCCUCCACGCCCUCGUCAAUGCCUCCUCUCUCGGGACACAUGUCUCACCAGUGGGGAUCUAUAUUCGGCAGUCACGGGCUAGGAGGAGCUCCGCUUGGUGGCGCUGGGGGCGGCGCUGGUGGAAAGUCCCCGUGUGGACCGGGACCUCUAUUCCCCCCUCAGUCAAUUCCUCCGGGUAUGGGCCCAGGGAUGCCCAACGGUCCGCCUAACACGAUGGCCACCUUACAUUCUUCCUCACCCUCUCCGUCAGCUUAUAAUCAAAAUAUGUCGUCGCCGGCCAGCUACUACCCUAACCAGAAAAUGACAAUGGACUGACCACGAAGUAAGGUCUUUCUGCCUUGACUAUAUUCACUGACUACUCUUCAUGGUUGACUGUCUACAUACAUGUAUCUCAUGACUGUGAGAGAACGCGCUUUCUAUCUCAAUUUAUAUUUCGUACAUGUGCUUCGCUUUUGCACCCACAGUUAACAGGAAGGACGCCGUAAGCAAAAUACUUUUUAUACGUGUAUUUUUGCAGUGCCCAGUUACUGUUUGGUGACUGUUCUCAAAUCAACACCGCCUGUUCUACCUUUCGCCAUGGAGAGAUUCAGAAAGAAUCCUUUUCGUUCGUGUGUUCAUGAAACUUGAUGUAGGUACGGAUUGGUGCUUUGUAUGAUCUGGACUUAGAAAAGUCACGUCUUGUGAUCAUUGGUCAAGAGGUCAUCUUCAUAGAAUGUUCCUCUCGAAUUGGUUCAUGUUCCAGUGGUGACAAGCUUGUGUCGUAAGCAUGAUGGGGUAACUUAUAUUAGAAUAAACCUGUUUGAUUUCGACGCCCAAGUCAGGCCACUCAAAGCAGAAGAUGGUGAAGAGAACGACUGGGGAUAAUUAAGAGGCCGUUUAGAUGUGCAGUGUUGACAGUGGGUUAAGGUUUAUAGUACUAAAUUCCAAUACGGAUGGAAGAAAAGUACGUUUAAAUUGUCCAAGUCGGCCAUCCAUUGAAGAGGAGAAAGAAGUUGUUUUAAACAGGUGUACAUAAUGAACAGUGUAAUUAUAAUGUUCUAAAACGCAAGGGGGAAAUUGGGAGGAGCUCGUUUGUGCACGAAAUUUUCUUUGACAAGUGUUAGUUAGAGCAGAUUCAAUUGCACUUCUCUCUAAAUAACUACAACAACCCCUUUCGGAAAUAACAUUCCAGCAAGCAAUGGCAAAGAAAAACUGGCAGCAUCCUCAACUAAUUCAGCAGUGUUGCAUGGGGAAACAUGUGACUUUAAUGAAAAGUGUCUUGGCAAUUCUGUACCUCAAACAAUAGUUAACACUUGAUCUGUGUGCGUCGAGAUUGCUUUAGAUGAAGCGGUAGAAUUUAAGGAUAACUUUGGAAGACGUGGUAAAAUCUAAACAUAGCUUUGAAUGACGGGGUAGCGAAACAUACCUUUGGAUAACAUGGUAGAAUCUACACAUAGUUUUGGGUGACGUGGUCCUGUUGGUGGAGAAUGUACUGAGAUCCAUGCACUCACACCUGAGGCUGAAGAAAAGGGUCAUAGUUUACUUUCGUUAGAUUUUCACAUGGAAACAUGUUGUUAAAGAGAGGUCGAGAGAAGAAUAGAAUAAAAACCUUCAGUAUGAAAAGAAGGGCGGCAGAAACCCGCAAUUACCUCAGGAAAAGUAUGAAACGCGAUCAUGUACCACCGCUUAGGUCAGACUAAAACUAUCAAGUAUACAGCUACUGGGAUAGCAAGUUCGUCAUUAUAUCGAUCUUGAACAGUUUCGGGGUUUGUCAGAACACCGUAUGUUUUUUAUGUGGAAGCGAUUAAAUAUUCGUCUGUGGACGAGAUAAAUACUUAUCUCGUAUUGUAUGCCCUUUUCCAUAGUAUACACUCACAUUGUUAUUUUGUGGAGUAGGUCCCACACAAUAGUCAUCUCACCAUACAGAGUCAAAAGUAAUUAAUAAGGGCAAAGUUUAGAGAACGUCUUUCACUUAACUCAGUGCGCAUAUCAAAGGACCAGCAUUCUUAGUAUGUGACAUUUUUGGUCUGUGCUAUAUAUAAAUCCCUCCAUCGUUACUGACCAAAAAACUGUCUCACGAUACAGGACAAAACAAUUUUAUUCAAACUAUAUUAUACUAAGCCUAAUUGGGUACUAAUUUAACACGCUUUAGAUAAAUCAUGGGAUGUCGGGGGGGGAGGGGGGGUUACCCCCAUCAAACCCCGAGACGAAAAAACAACAACUUUUGAGGAGUUUUAGAGGAGUGGAGGAGGGGGGCAUCUGUUUUUACCUCAAACUUGAUGUUUUGCAAUAAGGUUUGAAAUUAUUUUGAAAACGAUUGAUCCGGGACAAUAACAUGUGUGAGUUGCAACUAAAAAAAUACAGUCCGUUUGACCCCCCAAAACAGUGCGUCGGUGUAGGGGAGUGAAAGUAAAAAUGUACCGUCUGCUUUUGUUCCCAAUUGCUUUUGCAGGGGAGGGACAAAGGAACGGCGGAAUUAGGUGCAGGCCUUCAUGCGCAGACGAUGAGUUUUCGUCGAGGACGUUCUCUUGACUUCUACCUUAAUACGAUCCAUAUGUUCAGAUAGACGGACAUAAUGUACCAAAUUCAUAACUAACAAGUAAUUAUUAAUCUCUGCUUGUUAACAACGGCUGGAAAGCAUUUGUUUUGUCAUAAUAUAAUAGUCAAAAGCAGACGCGGUACUGUUGGUUUAGAGAACUGACCUUAGAAGAAGAGAAAACAGGUUAAGAGUGUGGGGGGUAUGGGGCUACGUGCCAGAAUUUGAGUUCUACGAAUGAUUGGUGUUGAAACAUUAGCAUCUGUUUUCACAGUUUUUCAGAAUUUCCAAUAAGCCCUGUGGCCUUUUCUGAAAGGACAAUGCUCCUGUGCUCCGCAGAUGUUUGAGGACUGUAGACGUAGGUAGUAACGUUCACCUUUGUUAACACUUUUCUUCAUAAAUUAUCGAAACUGUGUCUAUGGGGGCGGAAAGCGACCGACUUUUCAAAACAGUUAUCUCAAAAAAUGUAAAAUUUACUAAUAGAACAUUAUGUCACCAGGAAUGCUUGUAGUCUUGUAUGGGGCCAAUAUGGCAUAGUGCAAUUUGUUUAAAUGUAUGUAGUAAUUUUAACUAUGUAUAAGGCCUUUUUCGACCUUUCCAGAAAACAUAUUAUUUUACUCUGUCAUUAUGCCACUUAAAAAGGACUCUAAGGGUUAAAUGUUACGAUAUAAACUACAUUAUAUGUUAAAACUGGCUUGACAUAGGAGUGCUCGUCAGACAUUUAGCGAUUUCAACAUGUGUGCCUAUCACUAUUAGAAUAAUAAUGGUCUGACACCAGCGAGAAGCUUUGAGUAAAAGUUUCGUAAGAAUUAGAGCUAUGACCUAAAUGUCCAUUUCAACUGUCAGAAUAAUAUUUCAAAAGAACCGUUUCUGAGGUUGGAUCUUUGUGUGAUCAAGAGAUGUGACAACUGAAGUCCAUUGUAGUAAUAAGUCUGUUUGCACAAGAAGUAGAGAUAGACACUCGAAUUUUCAAGGGCACAUUAUAAUAUGGGACAACUCCAAGUUCAAGCCUCGGUUCGGACACGGAUUUUUUUCGCCCCCUCCUGCCCACCCAGCAGUAAUGGAUACCUUACUCCGAGUAGGAGAAGUAAAGAUGGUGUGGAAAGAAACUGGCCACCCUACCACAAUAUGCCGAAGGCCCAGGAAGCUUUCUCACUAACAAGGCAAACCCUCAUUGUCCGAAUCGGAUGCGAGAAAAACUUUACUUUACCCAAAGCCGUCACCGUCUCCAUGACUGAUGCGAUUGCUUGCCAAUUUCGUGCUAAUGAAGGGUGUAAAAUAUCAGCUCACUAAAGCCUUAUUUGACAACUUUUAUACUCUAGAUUUUAGCCCCCCUCCUCCCCCUUCCUCUUCCAUUAGCUUUGAAAUUGUACUGUCAACUAUUCUCUUUUCUUUGUAAACGUAUUCAAACGAUGCUUUCAUGCAGGGUAGGCCAAAUUCAUCCUUACACAAACAACGCCUCUAGAUUUUCAGUAUCGCUUUCACGUAAAUUGUAAAAAAGAACGUAUUAUGUAAGAGACUUUACAUUUACAAUGUACAAUUUCUGUUCACUGUGUAAAUAGUUGUACUUUCCCGUGAGAGCGCACACGACAAUGUUAUGCUUGACCCACCAUUGUUGCUGACGUUGCCAUACUAUCUAUCAAAUUGCAAAUCGAACAAAUGAAACUGAAUCAAAAGCUGAAUGUAGGCGAACCUUAUACGAUUAAUCUGAUUAAUUCUGAUUGCAGUUGAAAAAAUCUGUGUUUACAAUAAUAUUAUAUUUCUGCCAUUCAUUGUUUUUAAUACUGAUGUAUUUCUUUUCACGAUUGGAAAAUGAUUUUUUAUUUGGUCAUCGUAUUAUCUACUUUGAUGAAAUUGUAUAACCCGCUUGACUGAUUCUGCUCAUUUUCCCUCUUCGGUCGGAAUCAUAUUAUUGUCUGCAUCAGAUCUGAAGCCCGGUCUUUGGGCAAAGGCAGUUGUCAUUUCCAGGUCUUUUUUCUUCUCUUUUUUAGGGAGGAGGGGGGUGUUUACCCAAAUUCUACACCUUAAGACAAGUAACACUGGGAGUUGCGGGGUU